AAAAACGAAAACUCCCGGAACCUGGCGGGCGGUGGCGUAGGUUCCUAUUAGCUUUCCCUCCACUAUACUUUCCCCAAAUAAAACUCCUUUUAAUCAUAAAAAAUUAUAGGACUAAUUACAAAAGAAGAAAAAGAGGGUUAAAAACACUUAAAAACGAAGUCGAAUGGUUGAUCAAUUGUUGAUCAUCAUUAAUACAUAGAGAAUCUGAAUCAUCUUAGUUGUGUGGGUCCCAUUCCUUCUCCGUUUCACACUAGAAUCUUUUGCAUCCUUUUAGCCUCUACCGCCACCGUUCACCGAACAAAAAAAUUUAUUCUAACGAAGUAAUGAUGGGAUUGAGAUUUACUUAAAACGGCUCUGAUCAAUUUACUCAUCAAUCUUUAUGGAUUUUGAUGGUCAGGGAUUUCACAGGAAAAAUGACGAAAAAGAGAAAAUGAAAUAAACGGUUUUGAUUGAUGGGGUUGACUUGUUGAUGGUCCCACAAAGCAACACAUUAACCAUCUUCUUUCUGCCUGUGCUGAGCAUUUAGCUAAUAAAUUGACUGGGUCGACCCUCCAGUGUCGUUUCCAUUUCUCCUUCCUUUUCCCUCUAUGUUUUUCAAUCUAAGCAUUCUUGUAUCUGUAUUUGGAUCUUGAUAUCUAAGAAGGCCUGAAAAUGGAUCUUACAGAGAGGUUAUCUGGUGAACUACAAAAGAAAAUUCCUGAACACCCGUUAUUUACUAAUUCCAAUACCCAACAUCAGCAGAGGUCGGAGGAUCCAUCCAUUUUAGAUUACAGCACCAGGAUUGAACCUCCUUUCCAGGCAUUCAACCAAAUUUCUCAAAAAAAACCUUCACUGCUGUGUAACCCCAAUAACCAAAUCAAAGACCCUGUCCAAGAUGGCCCCGUUAAUGAAUCACUUCAAGCCAGUAAAGUCCAAGAUUGGGAUCCAAGUUUAAUGCUAAACGAUCUCUCAUUCCUUGAGCAAAAGAUCCAUCAGCUUCAGGAUUUGGUGCAUUUAAUUGUUGGCCAGAGGGGCCAAGUGUUGGGGCAACCGGAUGAAUUUGUAGCUCAGCAACAACAGCUAAUUACUGCUGAUCUUACUUCAAUUAUAGUUCAGUUGAUAUCCACUGCUGGCAGUCUUCUCCCAUUUGUUAAGCAUACACUUUCUGCAGCUACUCCAUCUGUUGGACAAUUUGGGCAGUUUGGUGGAGUUGUCUUCCCUUCUGGGCCUGGGCUGAAUGGUGGGGUUCAGCCACAAAAUGCUGGUAGAAGCAAAUUCUCUGAGCCGCCAAACUCUGUUGAUAUUAGUAGUAACACUGGAAAUGAGCAGAAUCAUAUAAUUGAGGAACAUGAAUUGAAAGAUGAGGAAGAUGUUGAGGAAGGAGAAAGCCUUUUACUUGGCACCUAUGAGAUACUGCAGUUAGCAAAGGAAGAAAUCCUUGCACCCCACACCCACUUUUGCACUAUAUGUGGAAAAGGAUUCAAGAGAGAUGCAAAUUUACGAAUGCACAUGAGAGGUCAUGGAGAUGAGUACAAAACACCAGCAGCACUGGCAAAACCCAAUAAAGAGUCCUGCUCUGAACCAACUGUUAUUAAGAGGUAUUCCUGCCCUUAUGUUGGUUGCAAACGGAACAAGGAUCACAAAAUGUUUCUGCCUCUGAAAACUAUUUUAUGUGUCAAAAACCAUUACAAGAGAACCCACUGUGACAAGAGCUACAUUUGCAGCAGAUGCAAUACCAAGAAAUUCUCAGUAAUUGCUGAUCUCAAAACUCAUGAGAAGCAUUGUGGUAAAGAUAAAUGGCUUUGCUCUUGUGGCACCACGUUUUCAAGGAAAGAUAAGCUGUUUGGGCAUAUUGCACUUUUUCAGGGUCACACUCCAGCAAUACCCUUGGAUGAAACUAAAGGAUCUGCCGUGCUAGCUGAUAAAGGACUUGGCAAUCAAGCCACAAAUAAAGUUGGAGGCAUGAAUCUCAACUUUUCCUCUAAUGUUAAUUGUGAAAGUGGGGUACAAAGUAGUCUGGAUGUUAAAGGGAGCAUUGAUGAUCCUGCAGAUUAUUUCUCACCAUUGAACUUUGAUACAUGUAAUUUUGGUGGGUUACAUGAGUUCCCUCGACCACCAUUUGAUGAUUCGGAGAGUUCGUUUGCAUUUCUCCUUUCAGGGUCUUGUAAUUAUACUCAGAAAAGUAAAGACUAAAACCUAACAAUCUUGGGAGUUGGCUAAUGUUUCUAGAAUGUAUUCUUCCUUGUAUUGGGGUUUAUGGAUAUUAAUUUUUGUUACAUUUGUAUGUUAAGGCAACCCUUAUGUAUGUAGUUGCUUAAACAAAUUGUAUUUUGAAUGAAAAGAAACUGUUUGUUCACUUAGGAUCUAAUGCUGUAAUUUUGUUAGAGCGAUGAUUUUAGCUUUUUUCUUAAAAUCCUCGAAAACAACUCCAUGUUGAAGACUUAUUUAUCAAGUCUUUGUAUCGAAGCAUAGAAACUUUUGCCCCCAAUAAUUGUAUAGCAAAUAAGAUCCUCAAUAUUUGCAAGUUGGUCUACCUCUGAGAAAAAUUUCAAUGGACUCCACAUCAUCUUCAUUCACAACAUUUGGUCAAGAAAAC